ACACCUUUCACAAAUAUACAUUCCUCUGCAGACUGAUUAAAGCGGCUGCAGCAGGGCUUAUAGGGGAGUGACGCCUCAGUAGAGUAGUGAGCUGCCAACUGUGGUCCACACAGGUCAGAGCACCGAGUGGCUUUCUUUGGCUCAUCCUGACCAGAGGUUACACACCUAUUCCAUCUGCCACUGCAUCAGUGGACACAGUCUAGCUUUCGAGGCUUGUUUUAAGUUGCCUGCGACUUUUACUUGGACACAGGCAGCUAAAGCAAGUCUGGGACGCCAGAGACACUCCUACAGUCCCGGCCCCUGAGGAACGAAUGAACAAUCCUGCUUUUUUUUUUUUUUAAGUCCAGGAGGAAGAGGACCGUACGUGAAUCCUGCACAGAUCAUUCACGCAAGAAAAACCUUGAAAUCAUAUGUUACGGUUCCUUUACAGAGCCUUUAUUCUGAUGCAGUCUGUUUCUACACAUGUACUCAUUCAAGUAUGUUCCUUUUUUUUUUUUUACCUGACAGUGUUGUUUGCAUUGUGCGUGUCUGAGCUCAGUCAGGUGACACAUUAUGGAGCAAACACUGAAAUAGAUGAGGAAAGAUUAUCAGAGCUGCCUUUAGCUGAGUCAACACAGAGGGGCUGGGUUUGCAAAGGAUGACUUGCAUUUCCAAAUGACUUUCUGUUAAAUGUGUUUGUAAUCUAAUGACAAGGUAAUACAUUUUUUUUUUUAUUGUUUGUGAGUUUUUAAGGUACAAUUAAAACAUAUUUUGACAGAUUUUCUCUGGUGACACUUGAAACGAUGACAGCUAAACCUUUUUGUUAAACCACACAAGAUCCCAGCAGAGAUACGCUGUCAGAGCAUACGCAUGUUUUUCCUUUCAGCAAUCAUCUUUUUGCCUUUUCGCCUUGAUUAGAUCACUUUCAGUGGAGAUGUGGAGGAGAAAGAUGCCACACAGGUAAAAAAAACCCAAAAUGUCAGGUAUCGAACCGAGGAAGAAAUGUCUCUAUCUUCUUAAUUUCCAAUGUAUUUUAAAGAGGAAAACCUAGAUGUCAUAUGAACGUUUCGUAGGCUGCAUCGCUGUCAAUAGAUUCAUCGUAGAUUUUAUGAAGUGCUAUGAAAAUACAAUUAUAAUAAUGGCUAAUUUAUAAAUUCCUCUUAGAAUCUUAGCUAGCAUCAGAGAAGAAUGAAGCCACAGUGCUGACGCUAGCUAUCACAGCACAGUAACAAUUCAACCAACAACAGUGCUAACAGACUCGUUCAACAAAGGUUAAUGGUUUUAUUAGCCUGUGUCGUGUUUGUCAGAGAGUUACUUGUUUAUGACACUGUUUACCUGUUGCCUACAUAAAUACUCUCUGCUAAACCUUGUUGAUUGUUUCGAUAGGCAGACAUGUUGUGAAGCGCGUAGGUGUGUUUUGACUGUUGUAGCAGUUUUAUUUUAUUCCAGACAUUAUUGUAAAAGAUGAUAAAUAGAUAAGAAUAAGCAUCAUCAUCAUUCAUCCAUCGUGGAAGUGAAAUUUAAAGGGGCACUACGUAGCUCUGGAGAACAAAUUCAAACUCAGGAUUUUAAUAUGUGAGGUAAUGAUACAAACUCACAGCUAUUUGUUUUUUUGUUGUUGUCGCAACUGAAUUUACGAGCUGAAAAUAAGGCACCCAGAACACCGUUUGAAGCUAGGAAGGUGGCAGGGUCCGCCACAUAUUAAACAAAGUAAAAACAUUGUGUUGUCCUUUAAGGCAAAGCUGUAACAAUAGAGUCAACACUGAGAGGGGACCAAACCUGCCCAUAUGUUACCAUAAUGUAUAACAGUAUUACAUCGCUCUACUUUCUUCUUUCAGAAUUAACAACUGGUAAUAUAACAUAUUUCUUUUACAUUUAGUUAUAUUUAUGAUGCAUGUCUUUUUUGUCAUUUGCUAAUAAUCAUUUCCAACAGUGGUAUGUGGUUUCCUGUCAUAUUGCAAUUUCUUUUAUAUUUUUUAUACAAGUUAGGUUAUAUGUUGAAGGGGGAUGUGUCCCACCUAAAUAUAAAUAUGGCAACUGUGGCCUUGCUUUAAGGCCAGUUUGUUUAUUCAGUUUUUUUGUUUGUUUCAGCAUAAAAAUAUCUAUUAUUGACAAUCCAGUUGCACAUCUUCGUAAAAAGCUAACAAACUAAAGACCACAUACACUCACUGAGCGAGGGUUAUGAAAAUAAAGUGCAUAUUUCUUUAUAAAAAUGUCAUCAAAGCACAUGUUACUACAACACCUUUCUUAAAAUGUUGCAUUUUUCACUGGAAAUAAAAGGAAUGGCAGCCAUGUUUUUGGUUUUAGCAGCCAGAAAGCUGACGGUCACGUGACGUGGACGCAGACAAAUUUGUAGACAUCUCACAAUUUAAGAGACGUUAUUGUGAAAUUACUACAUUUCUGCCCUUUGGACCAACGUAGCUAUUAAACAUCACUGAAUAUCUUUCUCAUCUGAUUAAAACAUCUUCUCUCAAACUACAUAAUGCACCUUUAAAUAUUUCUAAUGGCAGGAAAUUUAAAUCUAGAUAUUCUCUCCGUGGUACCCCCCUCAUGUGGAUGUUGUCUCCAUGGUUACGGCCCUGAAUGAUCCAAAUCCUGGAUUGUUUGCAUUAAAUCACUGGUUGAGAUUGUAUGUUGACCUUAUAUGUGACAUAAAUCCAUUUUAACUCACUGUUUUCCUCACGUUGUGUGUCUUCAAGGACAUUGUGCACGUUUUCAUGUUGUUCUGUUGAUCUUCUGAAUGUCUGAAUGGGGAAAAAGAUGAUGGAUAGCCAAUGUCAGGCCUGCCACAAUCAUUGAAUCCACCACCCAGGAUGUGACUUCUGUCUUAUGAUUACAACCCAUGUGGUGUCUGGACUGAAGACAGAUGUGUUCAUCUUUGUUGCUACAGUGCCAAACCUGAACCGGUCAGGUCCAUAAACCCCCCACACAGAGCUCCACAUGGUCCACUGCCUCUGGAAAAAACAAGAGAACUUUAAAAAAAAAAAAAAAAAAAAAGAUACAUGAGAGGACAUGAUAACGUCAGUGAGCGUCAGAAGCCAUGGUUUUAAAGUUACAGCCUCAUUACCGUCAGAUUGAGGCUAUAUAACGCUAAACCCACUAACAGAAGGUUGGAGCAGGAGGAGGUGGAGGUGGAUGAAAUGUUCUUGUUUUCUCGUGCGCACUGGAGCGCGCGCUUCAAGGUAAAUAUUCCCCCACCACCGCCACCCCAACAUGAAAUAGGUCUUUGUUGUUUGCCCAGAGGUAAAGAGGCGGAAAAGUGAGGAGGAUCUGAACUGGUUUCCAUGUCAAACACUUCAAUUCACCAUAGAAACUCAGAUCUUAACGCGGAAACUUUAUUAAACUGUGAUGGCGGAUUGAUAAGGGCCGAAUUUCUAUCGGCCUCUUUUUAUUGUGGGCACCAGGCGGGCUGACAGAGGUAAAUUGCUCUUUUAAUUAAAGCAAUGCACCAGGGGAAAUUGCUGUCUGAAUAUUGUCUCGGAGAUGGGGGCCACUGACAGUUGCCUGGAAACUUCAAUCUGUCCACCCGCAUUUAUUCCAGAUCACAGUUAUGAGAUAAAGUUUAAUAAAAAUCUUUUCCCCUCCGCCACCAACGAAAUGAAAUCCAACCCUUUUCUGAACAACUGAGCACAAUGAGACAGGACUGCGGAGGAAACCUCAUGUUCAACAUGUAUCUCUCAGAUCCAACAGAGAAUCUGUUGAAGGAAGGCAAAGGAACAACCUGGGGUCCAAUAAACACAGGAGUGCAGAAAGGCAGCGGGCAGAUCCAGCUGUGGCAGUUCCUGCUGGAGCUCCUCUCCGACAGCACCAACAUGUCGUGCAUCGCCUGGGAGGGAACCAACGGCGAGUUCAAGCUCAUCGACCCGGACGAGGUGGCUCGGCGCUGGGGGGAGCGCAAAAGCAAACCCAACAUGAACUACGACAAGCUGAGCAGGGCGCUGCGCUACUACUACGACAAGAACAUCAUGACCAAAGUCCACGGCAAGCGCUACGCCUACAAGUUCGACUUCCACGGCCUGGCGCAGGUGUGCCAGCCGUCCACCACGGAGCAGGCCAUCUAUAAGUUUCAGGGGAACUUCUCACCGCUUCCCUUCUCCGGGAUUUCCAAACUGAACCUCGUGGGUCCCGGCGUGGGGCCGUCGGGCUUCUCCUACUGGCCCGGGUCCCCUCCGGCGGCCCUGUACCACAGCCACAACCUGCAGCCUCCAGGGCCGUUUGGCACCGUGUCUCCGUCCCACAUCAGCUGUGUCAACAACAUCAACAGUCUGAGUAACAUCAACAGCCAUUACAACUGACUCUUAAUGCACAUUUUAGACACUCUGGAGGGAUGUAGACACUCGCAGAGCGAGGAGAAAUUAUAAAGAGCACCGAACGGUCGGUUUUGAUAACUUGGAGGGGAAAUUACUGGAUUAAUUCGGUUUUAAAACAUGUUUUCAGACACACACAAACAUCGUUUCAACUAUGAAGAUGUAGUCAUAUAGACGACGGCUGUGCGUAAGAAAGACUUCUAGAAACAUUAAACAAAAGAGAUUUAACGUUCAAGUAAAGGAAGCAAACAAGUAAAAUCCAUCAGGAGACGCGUUUCAAAUUUUACGCAUCAUGAUUUCAACCUUUACGCACAAUAAUUUCAACAUUUGCGCACUAAUGUUUGAAUCUUUACGCGCGGUAUUCUGAUAAUUAUGAGUCAAGAUUUAAACCCAUAAUGACUCAAAAUAUGGAAUUCCCUCUUUUCAGCCAAAAUCUGUGAAUUUUUUUUUAUUUUUUUCCGAGUGAGAGCCCAAUUUUCGAAAUGAACAACGUAUAAAACAUCAUUCUAAAAAAGAUAAAGAAAUACAGACUCUUUAUA